ACUUGAUUUAGUAAACACUUAGUAACAAAAGAGAAAAAAUAUAUAUAUAUACAUAAAUCUAUAACAAAGUACCAUACUAAUUUCAAAAUGCAGAUACAUUCAAUUUCAAUGUUUACAUUUAUUAUAAUUUGUGUAUUCAUUACAAAUAAUCUAUUAAUAAAUGGACAAAUGGCUGAAUAUUAUAUGAAUGAUGAAAUACCACAAAUUAAUACAUAUGAUAAUAUGUAUCCAAAAUAUAUUCAACGUCAUAGAAUACAACAUUAUAAACGAGGUGGAAUGUAUGGUGGAUUAUUAGGAAAAUAAUCAAUAAUUCAUCAUUUAUCAUUAAUUAAUUCAUUAAUUAUUUGUUUCAUUAUUUUAAAUAAAGAAAAAUUUGUAAUCUUUAAAUAAAUUUUAAUGAAAAAUGAAAAUGUAUUAUCUAUGUUAUA